AUGGCACCCACCUCUGCGAUUCAAGUUCGAGCCACUGUUCCUGGUGGCAUAUACACGGACCUAAUGAGUAGUGGCAUAAUUAGUGAACCGUACUACGGUUUCAACGACGUGAACUACGAGUGGGUCGCCCUGGAAGACUGGACGUUUUACAGAUCGUUUGUAGCUCCGAAAGACCUUCUGGGACAGCGAGAGAUAAUUCUCGUUGCUCAUGGGAUCGACACUGCGUGUGAGAUUGUAGUAAAUGGCAUCCGCUUGCUCAGCGCCAGCAACAUGUUCGUCAGGUACGAAAUCGACGUGAAGUCCCUCCUCAAGCGGGAACCCAGGAAGAACACCAUUUCUGUGCGUUGCGAGUCGCCCGUAAAGUAUGCGAAACGGAUGCACGAUUCCCGGCGGGACGCCCACCCGGUGUAUCCUCUUUGCCCACCGGCGGUGCAGAAGGGACACUGCCACGUCAACUGGAUCCGCAAGAUGCCGUGCUCCUUCAGCUGGGACUGGGCGCCUUCCUUCCCAUCUACGGGCAUUUGGAAGCCUAUUCGGCUCGAAGGUAGCAAUGGCGUCGUCAUCCGUGAUGUCUUGGUGGCAACGAUUCCUCAGAAGAAAGAGAAUGGCACCGACAGUUGGAUUCUCAGCGUUACUCUUUGCUACAGGUCUUCUAGUACCAAACCACGUAAUGGAACAGUCUGGAUCACAUUAGAGGAUGCUUUUCUGGGAAUGGAAUCUGUUACCUUUGAGUCAUCGGUGCAACGAAAUAGCAAGCUCGAGCUUCUUGUUCCAUUGUCAUAUGGCAUCACCGUUCAUCGAUGGUGGCCAGUUGGUUAUGGUCAGCAGACUUUGUACACGCUCCAGAUAUCAGCUUCCGUGGAUGACGAUUUGUUCGAGAAGACUGCCCGUAUUGGAUUUCGAACGGUUCAGCUGAACGAAGACGUGAUCCAGGACUUCGACGAUGGGACUGCUUUCUACUUCGUGGUUAACGACAUUCCCGUAUACGCCAAAGGUAGCAACUGGGUGCCACCUGAUAUUUUUCCCGAACGAAUCACGAACGACUACGUCAAGGAGUUGCUGCUCUCUGUCAAGGAGGCGAACAUGAACAUGCUUCGCGUGUGGGCCGGUGGCGUAUACGAAACGGACUACUUCUACAGCCUUGCCGACGAACUCGGAAUCCUCAUCUGGCAAGACUUUAUGUUUUCUGCCAGCCUCUAUCCCGCGGAUCAGCCUUUUUUAGAAAGCGUCGCCAUCGAAGUUCAGCAACAGGUUCGACGCCUUCAAUAUCACCCUUCUCUUGUUGUUUGGGCGGGUAACAACGAAAAUGAAGAUGCCCUUGCUUCCGGUUGGUGGGAAGAAGUUAAGAACAACUACGACCUAUACCGUACAGAUUACAUAAAACUGUACGUCGACGUUAUAAAGACCGUCGUCGAGGCUGAAGACAGGACAAGACCCUUCGUGUCGUCAACACCAAGCAACGGCAGAAAAACGGCCGAAAAUGGCUGGAUUAGUUCAACUCCUAAUGGUGAAAUUAAUGGCGAUCUUCACUUUUACAGUUACAGCAGUGAACUGUGGAAGCCGGCGAGUUUUCCCAUGCCUCGGUUUGUGACCGAGAUCGGCAUGCAGUCCUAUCCGCCAAGAGACUCGAUGGAGCGUGUUAUGCCUGCCUCCAUGGUCACGUACCCUUUCUCCCGUUUUCUGGACCACAGGCAACACUACGCUAUGGGUGCUCGUUUUGCCGCUCGGAUUAUUGACGCUUACUUCCGCGUUGCCAAUACGUCCCGGACCGACAGAGCAGCAGGCUACGACAUGGUCUCCUACCUCACCCAGGUUAACUUCCUUUCCUAUUCUCAGCUUCUCACCUGA